GCAGCCGCAGUGCGCUAUGUUAGCGAGAAUAGGAAUACAAAUUUCUUUGCUCUGAUUGACUGACUUUCUAAUGCUAAGACAGGAUUUACUGCAGAUUGGAUGCGCAGUAAAAUGAUGGGAUGAAUGCAAAAGCUAAGGGAGGUAGAAAUAUCAUGCAAAACCUAAGGUGUCUUACUUGUAUGCAUAUGUAUUAUUGUAACAUAGAUGUACGUAACGUAAAUGUAAGUAAAAGUGCAACAGUGUAAGUGUAGGAUACGUGUGGUGAUAUACCAUAUGAUACUGUACCCCGUUGAGGACAUUUAAUCGCUGUUAACUCAUAGCAGUUCAUAGUGCUCAUGUACAAUGGCAUCGAUUUUUAGGGUCAACUUCUUAAAAGUUAAUCCUGCAAGAUGUUUAAAUCGAUUAUGUAAGGUAUCAAAAAAUUAUAAUGUAGUGCAAGUGGCAUCCAUGACAAGGAUUGCUAAUAUGAAACAUGUUAAUAAACCUCCUCCAUAUCCCUAUUGGAAGAAGCAUUAUCGCCCUGUUUUGGAUUCAUUGGAUCCAAUGAUAUAUAGGUUUGAUGAAAAUACAAGAAUAGUGGUUGUGGAUGGUCCUCCUGCUGUUGGGAAAACUAAAGUCUGUGAAAAAAUAGCAGCUGAUUUUGGGAUGCUAUACAUGCCACAGCCAACGCAUGACCAAAUAUAUGUCUAUCGCGAUGGAUUUGACAGAAGAACGUUGGAUCCACAACUGCCACCACAUAUACAGUCUUAUGAUAUAUCAAAGUUUUUAAAAAAUCCUACUGAUAAAAGGGCAGCACUGUUUCAAGUACAGUUUUUCUGGAUGAGACACAGUCAAUAUAUGAAUGCAAUACUACAUUUAGUGUCAACUGGUCAAGGAGUGGUUCUUAAUCGAUGCUUUUUCUCAGAACUUGCCUUUGCUAUAACCAUGAAGCAAGCUGGAUAUAUGUCUCCCAUGGCAUUUGCGCACUAUGAGAUGUUAACAUUUGUAGCUUCUUGUUUUUUUCCAAGACCACAUAUAACAAUAUAUUUGGAUGUACCUGUACAGGAUGUUCAGGAAAAAAUUAAGCGAAGAGAUAGAUCAGGAGAAGCUAACUCAAAAGUGUUUAGCACACAAUUUUUAACCAAUUUAGAAAAUGCAUACAAAGAGAAAUAUUUAAAACCUCUGUCUAAUCAUACAUACAUAUUAGCUUAUGAUUGGUCUAAAGAGGGUGAUCUUAAUACCAUAACAAGUGAUAUUGAAAACCUAGAUAUUGAUGAUGAAACAAGCACUAUGACAAAAGACUGGUACUUCUGUUCAGUGUCAAAUCUUAAAAGGCUGAGAGUAGGAGUUUGUCGUGAACGAGAUAAGAUGUACUAUGAUAUGAUGGCACAGGCUGAAAAAUAUGUAGCUCCAGAGUUGCUUCAAAGUGCUGAAGAAGAAGAAAUUGAACAAAACGUAUGGAAAAGCCAUCCUGGUCUACGAUAUGCGUACGGCUACAGUCCCAAAGACAAACCAUUUUUUAAACAUUAUUUGGGUCCUCCAGAUCGUGAACUUUUUCGAAAUAGUGAACAAGAUUUCAUAAAUCGAGGCUAUUAGAUUUUAAAAUGAUGUAAAGCAUUUUUCGAAUAAUAAAAUGUAGUCAUUCUAUUAUGCUUAAUAUUA